AAUAAUAAACACUAAUGUCAAAAGUGUCUUUGAGUCUUCUGCCUGCUUUCUGAAAAUAUUCAAUAAAAGAAAUCAGUUUGAAUCCUAAUUGUGUAUUAAGAAAAUUUCAAAAUGUCCAUGUUCCCAGGAACUGUGGCUUUCGACGAAUAUGGUCGUCCUUUUAUUAUUCUAAGGGAUCAAGAGAGCCAAAAGCGGAUGACCGGUAUUGAUGCUUUGAAGUCCCAUAUUCAAGCAGCACGUCAAAUCUCGGGGAUCCUCCGAACAUCUUUGGGGCCCCGUGGUCUUGACAAAAUGAUGGUAUCUUCUGAUGGUGAAGUGACAGUCACUAAUGAUGGAGCUACUAUUCUAAAGAUGAUGGAUGUUGAACACCAGAUUGGAAAAUUGAUGGUACAACUAGCUCAGAGUCAGGAUGAUGAGAUUGGUGAUGGUACCACUGGUGUUGUUGUCUUAGCAGGCGCUCUUUUGGAGCAGGCAUCCAACUUGUUAGAUAAGGGUAUUCACCCAAUAAGAAUUGCUGAUGGUUUUGAGUUAGCUGCAGCAACUGCUUUGGCACACCUAGACAGCAUCAGUGAAGCCUUCCCAGUUAACAAGAAUACAAGGGAACAUCUCAUUAAGGUUGCCAUGACAACUCUUGGUAGUAAAGUUGUUGUUAAAUGUCACCGCUUGAUGGCAGAAAUUGCUGUUGAUGCUGUUCUGUCAGUAGCAGACUUAGAGAAGCGUGAUGUCAAUUUUGAACUAAUUAAAGUUGAAGGGAAGGUUGGAGGAAGGAUGGAAGAUUCCAUGCUUGUUCGUGGUGUUGUCAUAGACAAAACUAUGAGCCACCCACAAAUGCCUAAAGUUCUUAAAGAUGUAAAACUGGCAAUCCUAACCUGCGCAUUUGAACCACCCAAGCCAAAAACCAAGCAUAAGCUCCAAGUUGGCUCAGUUGAAGAAUACAGAGACUUAAGGCAGUAUGAACAUGAAAAGUUUAUUGAAAUGGUCCGCAAAGUUAAGGAUACUGGUGCUACACUGGCCAUCUGCCAAUGGGGCUUUGAUGAUGAAGCAAAUCACCUUCUCCUGUCUGAACAAUUGCCAGCAGUAAGAUGGGUUGGUGGACCUGAGAUGGAGUUAAUAGCUAUUGCUACUGGUGGUCGUAUUGUGCCUAGAUUUGAAGAGUUAUCUCCAGAGAAACUUGGACACUGUGGACUUGUGAGAGAAUUGACUUUUGGCACAACAAAGGAUGAGAUGUUGGUGAUUGAAGAGUGCUCAAACUCUCGUGCUGUCACAGUUUUGGUUCGUGGCGGUAACCGAAUGAUUGUUGAGGAGGCAAAACGCAGUGUGCAUGAUGCAUUAUGCAUUGUUAGAAGUUUGGUUCAGGACUCUCGUGUAGUAUAUGGUGGAGGUGCAGCUGAAGUGACUUGUUCCUUGGCUGUAGCACGUGAAGCUGAUAAAUUAUCUUCACUUGAUCAGUAUUCCUACAGAGCUUUUGCUGAUGCCUUGGAAGCUAUUCCUAUGGCAUUAGCUGAGAACAGUGGUUUGUCUCCAAUUGAUGCUCUAUCAGAUGUGAAGGCUCGUCAGGCAGCCGAGAACAAUCCAAAUCUUGGAAUUGAUUGCAUGAACAGUGAUUCAAAUGAUAUGAAAGCACUCAAUGUAAUUGAAUCCCUUCACUCUAAGAAGCAACAGAUUGCACUCGCCACUCAACUUGUCAAAAUGAUACUCAAAAUUGAUGAUGUUCGCUCUCCAGCUGAUAAUAUGCAAUAAAUUUUAUUAAAAUAGCCCCCCUUAAUCCAAGUAUUUUUAAGUUAGCUUAACUUAAUUUAUAUAGGGGGUCUUGAGUACUAUUUUUGUUUGCUUAAAUAAAUAAUACAUUUGUGCAAAAACAAAGCACAUGGUGAACCUAAAAAUUCUGUUUUCAAAUAAAAUAUUAGCAAUUGCUUUAUACUGCUUGUAUAAUGUGCACCUAUGCCAUAUACUGUCUCUUAGUUUUUGAUACUGUAAACACUAUUAUGAGGAAGGCAUUUUAAAGAAUUCAAUAAAUGGCAAAAAGGUUAAUGAAACAAUUUAUUUUUAAAACUGAAGUAAACAAUCUUAAAAGUAUUUGGUUGCACUUUUAUACCAAUUUAACCAUUAGUUGAUCUGUUUUGCUUCAUUUGUGAAUAAUUCACAAAGCAUAUUAUUUUAGCUUUUAAUUUACUUUAUGUCACAUACUAGAUGUAUUCACAUUAUUUUACUUAUUAAUUUAAUUCUAAUAAAACUUAUUUUGAAAUUA